GGGGGGGGGUGUUUAAAUGUUUUACCGGCGCUGGCACAGAGCUUCAGUUCACUCAUUUUCCGCUAGAAAAUCCGAUUCUAUCUUUAGGGCAAAUCAAGAGGUUAGUGAGUGAGCUCUUAUUCCUAUGUUUUAUUUCAUCUUUAGAACUAGUUUUCUUCAUGGGAAGCAAACCAUUGCAGCCUCUCAAAGUUCCAAUCUUUUCAUCUUUAAACGAUCAAUUGGUCUUAGAUUAUUCUCCAAUAGCUCAAAUGGACACUCAUUUACGGUUUCAUACCUUAUAAGCAAAUGUGGAUUCUCCUCAGAAUUGGCUUCUCGGAUUUCAAAUUGUGUUCAUUUUGAAACCCCUGAAAAGCCUGAUUCUCUGAUUGUUUUCCUGGAAAAUCAUGGGUUUUCACAAACCCAAAUCGUAAAUCUCAUCAAAAGACAGCCGACUUUGCUUCUUUCUGAUACUGAGAAAACCCUUUCGACCAAAUUAGAGUUUCUUUACUCUAUAGGUUUUUCAAGGCCUGAGCUUGCUAAACUCUUGAGUAGCAACCCUCUUCUACUGAAAUCUAGUUUAAAGAAACAAAUUAUCCCUUCAUUUAAUUUACUGAGGAACUUGUUUCAAUCCAAUGAUAAGACUAUCAAGGCUAUAAAACGAUUUGAUGGUAUUCUUGUGUAUCAUGCGUAUGUGUUUUCGAAUAUGAAGGUUUUGAGAGGAAUUGGAGUUCCUGAAUCGAAUAUCCUUAUGAUGUUUAGUAAUCCUCCAGCAUUGUUGUGUCAUCCGGUUCGGCUUAAGGAGAUUGUUGAGGAAGUUAAAAGAAUGGGGUUCGAUUCUUUGACGAAGAAGUUCGUCCAUGUGGUUAUUGCUUUGAGUUCAAUGAGCAAAUCCACACUAGAGAAGAAAUUUGAUGUAUAUAGGAGAUGGGGUUGGUCGGACCAAGAGAUUCGUGAAGCCUUUCAAAGGUAUCCGUCGUGUAUUACUGCUUCAGAGGAUAAGAUCAUGGCUAUAAUGGACUUUCUCGUGAACAAAAUGGGCUAUCGUUCGAAUCUCGUUGCUAAACAACCGAGUAUUUAGAGUCAAAGCUUUGAGAAGAGGAUUGUCCCGAGGGCUUUGCUUGCUCGAGAAUUGUUAUCACUAGGUUUGGUUGGUAACUUAACAUUGUCUGUAUUGUUCGACACGUUGGAGAAGGUGUUUGUGAACCGUUUCGUAAACAUAGCACCCGAACUCUUG